UCGAGAUCCGGCAGUUUGAACCAGAACAAGCAGCGGGUACAGCACAGCAGCACGGCUCAUGAUUAAAUACACAAAAAGAUGAUAGAAACGGGUUAAAACGUCUAAUUAGAUGUAAUUUCAAUGAGCUUUGUCGAUCACUGUUAAGAAGUUUGUAAGGGCGUUGAUAGUUCAGCACAGUUAGCAAAGGUCGAGCUAUCUUGCUAAACUUGACCGACGGAUGUAAUGUUAGCUCGUUAGUCAUCUAAAACAUGGAUCCAGGAAAGCCGUUAUAUCUGAAGACCUACGGCCGGCAGAAGCGAAGGGUGUCUGCCUGGAUUUUACCUGACAAACGAAAGCAGGCCUUCGACAGCACUGGCUCGUCAGAGGGAGACAUCUCCGUCUUUGAACCUGUAAAACCGACGACUAAAAGAGGGAGCAAGACUAGUGUUGCUAGUCGUAGAGCUAUGCGUCCUGCCAAGAAGAAUGCCAUGGUAUGUCUGACCGAGAAGAGCUAUGAUGAGGAGAAUAUGAGCGAUGAAGAGAACGUCAUCCCCUCUCCUCCCUGUCCUCAACCUACCAAGGAGAGCAAGAAAACCAGAGUGAGGAAGACUAGUGUUGCUAGUCAUAGAGCUAUGCGUCCUGCCAAGAGGAAUGCCAUUGUAUGUCUGAGCGAGAAGAGCUAUAAUGAGGAGAAUAUCAGCGACGAAGAGAACGUCUUCAUCUCCUCUCAUCCCUGUCCUCAAUCUGCCAAGCAGAGCAAGAAAACCAGUGGUAAAGCAGACCGUCCUACCAAGAGAAAAACCAAGUGCCUGACAGAAAACUGCGGCGAUGAGGAGAACAUUGACCUCCCCCCUCUUUCCCGACGUCAGCCUGCUCAGCAGAGCAAGACAACCAGGAAAAGCAAGCUUGUCUCUGCCACAGGAGCCUUGAUGAGACGGAAAAGACAGCAUGACCCAAUCACCAGCGAGAGUGAGGAAGACUCAAGGUCUUCUGCAAAAUCUCACAAAACUGGUAAUCUUCCUUCUACGGGCCGCUUUGUAACCCGCCGCAGACGUGCAGUUUCCACCAAAUCCAAACUCCCAAAAGCGACUGUCAGUGUACUCAACUCUUCAGAUGACUUCCAUACGAGUAGAAUUCUUCGGCCUUCCAGGAGGAGGAGGGUCCCCCUGUCAUUUUUGGUGUCAAGUGUGGAGAACUCUGUGAAUGCUGCAGGGACAAGCAGCUCUGCCACCAACCCCUUCCGAGAGAUAUCCCUCAAUGAGUCGGCAGAUCACAGCCUCGGGCCCGGCUCCAGGAAACCCAUCUUCUGCUCUACACCCUCAGCAAGCUCUUUUAGCAAACGGCCAUACAUUAAACCUUCUCCCAUCAAUGAUCAGUCCUCUCCUCCGUCCAUGUCAGUAAGCUGUAUAGGUCUCGUGAGCACAUUCCAAGAAGACCAGGAUUCACCAGGGCAACCACAUACCGCACCACCCAUCAAGCAGUCAAGCCUUGGCGAGAAACAACUGGGCCCGCAUUACAAUGAAGAACCCUCUGGUGAAUCAUUUUUGCAGCUGAAGAACAUGAACAAGACGAGUAGCUGUAGCGAGGUAGCUAGAAGUCCCGGUGAAGACUCAAACACCAAGAAUAGUGGGACAUUACAAAGUCUAAAUCUGCUCACUACAGACAGUGAAAGCAGCAGUCAUUUUGUGUCAGCAGCGGGAGGGUUAGAGUGGCUCAUAGAGGCUCUGAAGGAGAAUUGUUUGACCUGGCGCUGCACAGUGCAGCUGGAGAGAUUGGACAACUUCACUGUGACUCAGCUUUACAGUGAAACAACCUACUCAUCCUGUUUGGAGCAUUCAAGCUCAGUCCACAGCCAGCCAACAAAUGAACAUUCACUGUCUGUGGACAGCAGUCACACUAUCGACCCUCCAUCAUCUUCAAAACCACCAAUUUGUCUUUGUUCAUCUGUGACUAACAAUGCAACCAGUGAUAGUUUACAGUCAACAAACAAUAGUUUUGAGCCUUCAGUGACCGACAGUCAAAGCACUAACCUUUCACUGUCAGUUGACUAUAAGCAGUCAGCUGAACGCUCAUCAGCAGUGGAAUCCAUGGAGCAGUCGACAUCACUACUUAAUGUUGAAUCUACCCACUGCAUCGACAGCAGCGUUGACUUUGUCAUGGGCACACAAUUAUCAGCCGACAGCCCUGUGCAAACUGUAGCUGCAAAGAACAAAUGUCUUAAUAAGAAAUGCAAAGCUCAACUCAAAGCACUGACUUUGUCACGACAGACUGUUCGGCAACUUAAAGGCUUCAGAGAGGCAAGUUUGGCUUGUGAUGAUAAGUCUGUCAAUCCAGAUGCAAACAAGUCAGAAAAUGACCACACAUAUAACAUUGAGGAUUCCGAAGAUCUCGCACGUUCGAGAGAAAUUGUAGAGAGAAUGAUGGUCGUUAGACAGUCGACAAACAGUGCAGUCACUCAGCCAGAGUCUAAUGACCCAGAGACACUCAAAACGAUGCUGAAGGAGAAAUGUCUAAAUGACAAAUUCAUUGUUGAGAUAAACCGUUUAACUUUAUCACAGUUGAAAGAAAAUCUGCAGUGUAAAGGCACUAAGCUUAAAUCGCCCACAGAUGUGUCAGACUCAGCCAGUGAUAACCAGACAAAGAGCGACCACCAGUCUGAGAGUGACACUAAUCGCUGUAAAGGAAGCACUUCUUCUGUAAACGUCAAUAAGAAAAAGAGGGGCUCAACUAGUUCUGGGAACAAUAUUAGCUCAGACAGAGACGUUGUAAAGAAAUCCUGUGAUGUUCUCCCUAAAAGAAGAAAGACGUCUCUGGCUCUUAGAGAAAAGAAAAGGAGGAGCACGUCCACGGAUCGACCGGGGACGACCAGGAAGGCGUGUGUGAGCGGUCUGAGUGUGAGUCGCUGGAAAACUAAAAACAGCGCCAGCACACACACGUUCAAGAGCAGAACUGCACAGAGAGGCGGUACCAAGACUGUGGACUGCAGCAUCAAUGAGCUGAUAUCCACUCAAUCCAAACAGCAGCAGGAGCUGUUUGGGACUACCAUGAAUUUCUCCACCCCAGCGAGAGCGAGUCGACUCAACUUCUCAUCUCUGUUGGCCGACCUCACACCUAACACCCACACCUGGAGCCGUCUCAAAGCCGCCCUCUCCGUUCAUCGCAAAAACAUGGUGCUACUCACUCCGAGGAGUUUACAUACAUCAGUGCCAUGCACUCCUGGAAGGGCGGAGCUGGCAGACGUCAGCCAGGAUCUCUUUGCCACGCCUCUCCGGACACCGCUUUCCAGACGCCUCCAGUCACAGCUGAUGAGCUGUAAUUCUCUGGUUGCGUGUGAGGAUGCAGAUCUGUCGGAUGCAGAGAAGGUGUACGCAGAGUGCGACCAACAGGGCCCUCUGCCCUGGGAGGAGUGUAUUCUCCCUCAGCGUAUGAAACAGUGUGUGAAGAUUGGGGAGGGGACCUUCGGUGAGGUCUUCUCCACCACCAAUGCCUCAGGAGACACGGUUGCUCUCAAAAUUAUUCCACUGGAGGGCAGUGAGAAGGUGAAUGGAGAGGACCAGAAGACCUUCGGAGAGAUUCUUCAUGAGAUUAUUAUCUCAAAGGAGCUGAGCAGCCUGAAAGAGAAGCAGCAGAACCAGACUCACGGCUUUAUUGGACUCAAUGAUCUCCACUGCGUCCGAGGCUGCUACCCUCCAGAUUUCCUGAAGGCUUGGGAUACCUUUGACCAACAAAAAGGCUCUGAGAAUGACAGACCAGAUUUCUUUCAACAGGAUCAGUUAUUCAUUAUCCUGGAGUUUGAGUUUGGAGGCACCGACCUGGAGAACAGCAAUGGAACGCUGGCGUCGUUGGGGGUGGCAAAGAGCAUUCUUCAUCAAGUUACUGCUGCCUUGGCUGUAGCUGAGGAGGAGCUAAAAUUUGAACACAGGGACCUCCACUGGGGCAACGUGCUGGUCAAAACAACCAAGCAGAAGAAGGGGAGCUUCGUCCUAAAUGGAACAGCCCACUCUGUGGAAACCAAAGGAGUGCUUGUGCGCAUCAUUGACUACUCUCUCUCCAGACUAGAAAUCGAUGAUCUGACUGUAUCCUGUGACAUCUCCAAGGAUGAGGAGCUUUUCAUGGGCCAGGGGGAUUACCAGUUUGAUAUCUACAGACUGAUGAGACAGGAGAAUGGUAAUAACUGGAGUAACUACCACCCCCAUACCAACGUGCUGUGGCUCCACUACCUGUGCUCCAAGCUGCUUUCCAUGAAGUACCGGGGAACAGGAGGGAGGGCUGCCAAGGACAUACGAGAAGAGCUCACUCGUUUCUAUGACAACGUCCUCCAGUACAGUUCUGCUACUGAAGCGCUGCAAAGCUGCCCCAUGUUUCAGUAGUAUGUGAAAAAGCUCACGCAGGCAGUUUUUAAUAAGAAGGUGCAGUUUAUCUGGGUCGUCUCUAGUCAGCUUCCAUUUGUCAGCAGUUUGCCAGUCGCCCUGGAUGACCUGUGAUAUGUAAAGACACGGUUAUUGAUCCUGGCAGAGAUAAACGUCACUCAAUGUACAGUAUAUACAGAACUGUCAUAUGAGACAUUUGAAAAUAAUGUAUUCAUGCAUCGCAAAAUGUCUUAAUGGUGCUUUUUUUUUAUUCCUACUCUUGCAUAGGCUUGUGUAUUUUAACUGAUGAGGUACAUGUUAUUUUAUGCAUCUUAAGUAUAAAUGCAGAAAAAAAAUAUUCUAAAUAAAUUUAAACUGAUCUUGAACAACAUCUGAAAGUGGUAUUGUGAUCACAAUUUUGUAAUCUAGAUUAAUGCUAAACUGUCGAUUGACAGAAAUUAAUUGCCAACUUUUUUGGUAAUUGAUUGAUACAUGUAUGAAUUAAAAACACCAAAUGUUC